ACCAAAAACCAUGGAGAAAGAUUCGGAGAAGACUUCCCUCUAUUCGAGCAGUGAACAUGUUGCUGGCGACAGACUGCUCACCUUUGACGAGAUUCGUACGUCACUGAUGGUCAUUGCUGAAAGCAGCAUGUUUCGUUGGCACAAUGAGACGAGUAUGUCCCUUUCUUACCGUAUACGUACCUCGAGUAUGCUGCUGAUGUUAAGUCUAGUCAACAUACACUCACAUUCGAUUGGAGCUAUCAUCUUUUCCUUCUUCCUGCCACUCCACUUCUACUUCGCACUCUACCGAAAUGUACCAGCAGCGCAACCAAUUGAUGCAGCAGUGUUCUUGAUAUACUUUGUUGGUGUCGCGUCAUGUUUUGCUGUUUCUGCAGCAUUUCAUACCUCUGGCAGUCACAGUCAGGCUGUGCACAGAAAGUACAACAGAGCCGACUGCUGCGGAAUUGUACUGCUCAUGUGGGGAGCAAGUCUCGCCUCGAUCCACUUUGCAUUCAAUUGUGAUGCUCGAAUGAGAAGCCUACACUGCGCUACCGGCUGCAUCACAUUCAUCCUGGGACCCAUGUUUAUCCGGCCGGAGUACAGAACCCUUCGCGCACUCACCUAUCUCAGUCUGGGUCUCUUCGCCAUCGUCUUUAUCGUACACGGCAUGUAUCUCCAUGGGUUCACACUGCAACGGCGACGACUGUCCCUAGAAUGGAUGGGCUUGAUGGCUCUUCUCAACAUCCUUGGCUGCUCAGCAUAUGCUUUCCGCUCGAAAUUCCCUGGCAAAUUUGACUUUGUGGGUGCGUCGCAUCAGAUUAUGCAUGUUGCGGUGUUGGCCGCCGGGCUGGUGCAUUAUCAUGGUCUCUCGAAAGCGUUACUGGAGACUAGAGGAGAGUUGCGACCGGCUUGCCAGAGC